GACGAGCUUGACGCCACCGAUCUCAAUCCUGAAGAUAUUCUCGCGCUAGCAGCCAAGAAGGCCAAAAAAAAGGAACUUGCAGCGGUCGACCACGGACGAGUACGUUAUGAACCUUUUCGAAAGGAGUUCUAUAUCCCUCCUCCCGAUAUUGCGGCGAUGACAGAGGAAGAAGCUGAGUUCCUUAGGCUUGAACUUGAUAGUAUCAAAAUUCGUGGCAUUGAUUGUCCAAAACCCGUCACAAAAUGGAGUCACUUCGGGUUACCAGCGAACUGUCUAGAUGUCAUUAAGCGACUGAACUACACGGCUCCCACUUCCAUACAAGCACAGGCGAUUCCCGCAAUAAUGUCUGGGCGAGAUGUUAUUGGCGUUGCCAAGACUGGGUCAGGGAAGACCAUCGCAUUCUUACUGCCUCUUUUUCGUCAUAUCAAAGAUCAGCGCUCUCUUGAACAGAUGGAGGGUCCAAUUGCUGUGGUGAUGACUCCAACUCGUGAACUUGCUGUUCAAAUUCAUAAGGAGUGUAAGGCAUUUCUAAAAGUGUUGAAUCUACGCGCUGUCUGUGCGUAUGGGGGCUCGCCUAUCAAGGACCAGAUUGCAGAACUCAAAAAAGGAGCUGAAAUCAUUGUCUGUACUCCAGGGCGUAUGAUCGAUCUGCUAACCGCCAACUCAGGUCGUGUCACAAAUCUCAAACGAGUAACCUACGUCGUUCUUGACGAAGCUGACCGGAUGUUUGAUAUGGGUUUUGAACCCCAGGUCAUGAAAAUCAUCAAUAACAUUCGACCAGAUCGACAAACCGUCCUGUUCUCAGCUACAUUUCCCAAACAGAUGGAUUCUCUGGCUCGAAAAAUUCUUCAUAAACCGUUAGAAAUCACUGUCGGCGGUCGAUCUGUCGUGGCUGCAGAGAUUGAACAGAUUGUCGAAGUACGCCCAGAAGAUACCAAGUUCAAUCGCCUUCUUGAAAUUCUCGGUCAAAUGUACAAUGAAGACCCGGAAUGCCGUACCCUAGUCUUCGUUGAUCGCCAGGAAGCCGCUGACAAUCUCCUUCGUGAACUCAUGCGAAAAGGGUAUCUUUGUAUGUCCCUACACGGUGGUAAAGAUCAGGUUGAUCGGGACUCCACCAUCGCCGAUUUUAAAUCUGGAGUUGUACCUAUCGUGAUCGCCACCUCCGUCGCUGCGCGGGGUUUGGAUGUGAAGCAAUUAAAGCUGGUCAUCAACUAUGACGCGCCUAAUCAUAUGGAAGAUUAUGUUCAUCGUGCUGGACGGACAGGACGUGCUGGUAAUAAGGGAACCUGCGUGACUUUCAUAACACCCGAGCAGGAAAGAUAUUCGGUGGAUAUCUAUCGGGCAGUCAAAGCCAGCAACGCCACCAUACCCAAGGAUUUGGAGGAACUUGCAAAUGGCUUUUUGGACAAGUUGAAGACAGGCAAGGCUCAAGCGGCUGGGUCUGGCUUUGGUGGCAAAGGCCUCGAUAGAUUAGACAAGGAACGUGACGCUCGAGAGAAGGCCGAACGUAAGGCGUAUGGAGAGCCAGGAGAGGAGGAUAAACCUACGCCAGCCGAAGAGAUGGCUGCCAAAGCGACAGCAUCCAGUGGUGAUGAUAUGACUUUCGGAAAUUUCAAGGUUGAAAUCAAACGCGGUCCAGCGCCAGAUUCUUCGAAAGCAAAUCCUGACUCGACAGAUUUCCAUGCCAUCAUACCCAUCAAUGAUUACCCUCAAAAGGCUCGUUGGCGUGUCACGAAUAAGGAGACUAUGGUCCAGCUCAUCGACAUGACCGGCGCGUCAGUUACUAACAAGGGUAUCUAUUACGAUCAUGGCAAAGAGCCUCCUUUGGAAGGGCCACCCAAGCUCCAUCUCCUCGUGGAGUCGAACGAGGAAUAUCGCGUCGAGCAAGCUGUUAGGGAGAUUAAGCGUUUGCUGAUCGAGGCAUCUGCUGCUGCCUUGCAGGCAGAAAUGCGCAAUCCAACAGCAACUGGGAGAUACAGUGUU